GCCGGGCGGCGGCGGCCAUGGAGCUGGAGCUGGGGUCGGGGGAGGAGGGGCGGCGGCGGCUGCGCGGCCUGAUCCGCCUGCAGGCCUGCGUCAGGGGCUACCUGUGGCGGAAGCAGCUUCAGAGCUUGAGGGCAGAGUAUGAGGCCGUGGUGAGGGAGAUCGAAGGAGACCUGGACCAGCUGGAGUGGAGGGGGCAGUACCUGCUGAGGCCGGUGUUUGUGGAGAAGAAGCCGGUGGAAGUAAAGUGUUCAACUACACAAGAGACUGUAUCAAGUGAUAAGGCCAGCACAGAAAAAUUGCAGCAGGAGAUAUGUCUCUUGGAGGCCUCUGAGCCAGAAAAAGACUGGGGCUGUGGCAGCACCGUGAAACCUACAGCUGAGCUGCAGAGUGAGGAAACGACUUCCAAAGGUGAAGGUGAUGAAGUGAGGCCAAAUAUAGGGACUGAUACAGAUGAAUCCAGUGCAAAGCAGGGCAGUGCCCCAGCAGAAGGUGAGGGGUUGAAGAACAACAGCAGCGUAUCGUCUGUAUGGGACAGCACUGUCCUGGAGAUGGAGUCCCCCGGAGUCAGCUUGGAAAUUCCACUCGAGGAUUUCAAGGAGCUUCCUCGGACUGUGCCUGGCCUCCUGUCCUAUAGAAAUCACUUGAUCAUGGAGUUGCAGUGGUUGCAACAAGCUAUCGUGAGCCGUAAAAAUUACUUGAGGCUGAAAAAGAAGCUGGGGACUCCUGACCUGUAGGAGGGCAUUCCAGAGGAUGCAGGAAAUUUGUACUGGUGUGGAGAAGCAGCUGAACUGGGGGACCAUCAUCAUAGCGUGACCUCAUGGACAGCAGCAGCCUGGGCGAACUCCAGCUCCAUGGGUUGAUGUUCUCCACUUCAGAUGAAUGUGGCAAGAAAGCCUUUAGAAGGUGCUUUUUGACCAGCUCCAAGUGACCAGCCGAUUGCUUGUUGCUGAACUAUGUCACAGCUCUGCAGUAUCUGGGAUCUCCAAGCAUUUGUGGUAGGUUUUUGGGAACACCUAGCUGAAGCACUAAGUUAGGAGGAAAGUUUCCUAGCUUUGGUGGGAAGAGAUGGCACAUCAAAUCUGACCUUCAGGAGAUGAGGCUUGGUUCCUGACUUGCACGUCUCUGGCAGCGGUAACACAGGUAUGCAGCAGUCACUCAGGCAGAACCCCCGUUGCUUGAGGAAGCAAGUAAGGACUUAGAGGGUUUGGUGUCAUGCCUUGAAAGCACUUUGUCCAGAGAUGCUUUGCUCACUUUGCUCUAGUUCAGGGGUGUCCGAUGGCCCUCAGAAAGGGACUUUCCACACGGUGCUGUGGUUCCUUAUUGUGACCCUAAGUCUUCUGUGCAAACACUCUUGCCGUAUGGCGGAUAAAGCUUUUUGUUUCUGAUGAUGCUGACUUGUUUGCAAAUAAAAAGUUUUCCUGAACUUC